GAAAAGGGGGAUGAUCUGCGUCACCGUCUAAUUACAAAAUCAGAAGGAUUUCAAAGCACAUCUGGAGGAUUUACAUGUGGAUACAGCGCUAACUCGGUACCCGGAUUGCCCCGCGGCGCGUUGCGCGUUCUCGACAUGACUUUCGGAGUUAAAUUGUGCCUCCUCUUCUUCGCCUUUCCGGCGCUCAUCCUUGCAGACCACAGUCACAGCAAUGAAGUGGUGCUUUUGGACACCACGGCCGUGCUUGGUGAGCUUGGCUGGAAAACAUAUCCCGUUAAUGGGUGGGAUGCCAUCACUGAGAUGGACGAACACAACAGACCCAUCCACACCUUCCAGGUGUGUCAUGUGAUGGAGCCCAACCAGAACAACUGGCUGCGUUCGAACUGGAUUUCUCGUGAGGCGGCCCAGAAGGUGUAUGUGGAGUUGCGCUUCACCCUGCGUGACUGCAACAGCAUCCCCUGGGUGUCUGGCACCUGCAAGGAGACUUUUAACCUGUACUACAUGGAGACAGAUGAGGCACAUGGUGUCAAAUUCAAGCCGGGCCAGUACACCAAAAUCGACACUAUUGCAGCUGAUGAGAGCUUCACCCAAAUGGACCUGGGCGACCGUAUCCUGAAGCUCAACACAGAGGUGCGGGAGGUAGGGCCCAUCACCAAGAAAGGAUUUUACCUGGCUUUCCAGGACAUAGGAGCCUGCAUUGCACUGGUGUCCGUGCGCAUCUACCACAAGAAAUGCCCUUUCACCUUCCACAACUUGGCUACGUUUCCGGACACAAUCCCCCGCAUGGAUUCCUCCUCGCUGGUGGAGGUGCGGGGCACCUGCGUGAACAACGCCGAGGAGCGAGAUACCCCUAAGCUGUACUGCGGGGCAGAUGGUGACUGGCUGGUGCCCCUGGGUCGGUGCGUCUGCAGCGUUGGCUAUGAGGAACAGGAUGGCACCUGUCAUGCCUGCAGGAUCGGGUUCUACAAGGCCUUCCCUGGGAACAUCAAGUGCUCCAAGUGUCCCCCCAACAGCUUCAGCCAUGAUGAGGGCUCUGCGCUCUGCCAGUGCGAGAAGAACUAUUUUCGGGCUCCAAAGGACCUGUCUACCAUGGCCUGCACCCGUCCGCCAUCCGCCCCGAGGAACUUGGUCUUCAACAUCAAUGAGACCUCCCUCGUCCUAGAGUGGAGUCCGCCUGUGGACACCGGAGGCCGGAGAGACCUAUCCUACAAUGUCCUCUGUAAGAAGUGUGGAAUGGACCCCCAGCAGUGUGAGCCCUGUGGGGGGGAGCUGCGCUUUGUGCCACGGCCAGUAGGACUCACCAGUACCUCUGUGACUGUGUUGGACCUAGUAGCCCAUACCAACUACACCUUCGAGGUCGAGUCCAUCAAUGGUGUGUCCCAGUUCAGCACACUGCCCCGUCCUGUCAGCUCCAUCACCGUCAGCAGUGACCAGGGGGGUCCAUCACUGGUGGGUAUGGUGAAGAAAGACUGGGCUUCUCAGAACAGCAUCGCCCUCUCCUGGCAGGAGCCCGACCAGCCCACCGUGGCUGUCCUGGACUAUGAGAUCAAGUACUACGAGAAGGAACAUGAGCAGCUCAGCUACUCAUCCACCCGCUCCAAGGCUCCAAGUGUCAUCAUAACAGGCCUCAAGCCAGCCACGAACUACGUGUUCCAUGUGCGCGCCCGUACCGCCGCCGGCUACAGCAGCUACAGCCCCAAGUUCCAGUACGAGACAGGAGACGAGACUUCCAACAUGGCCUCAGACCAGGGCCAAGUGCUCGUCAUCGUCACAGCCGCAGUGGGUGGCUUCACCUUGCUGGUCAUUCUCACUCUCUUCUUCCUCAUUACCGGAAGGUGCCAGUGGUACAUCAAAGCUAAGAUGAAGUCGGAGGAGAAAAGGAGAACGCACAACCAGAAUGGACACAUCCCUUUCCCAGGAAUUAAGACGUAUGUUGACCCUGACACAUAUGAGGACCCCUCCCAAGCCGUCCACGAGUUCACCAAGGAGAUUGACCCUUCCCGCAUCCGCAUCGAGAGAGUAAUCGGAGCAGGUGAAUUUGGCGAAGUGUGUAGCGGGCGUCUCCGCACGCCAGGGAAAAAGGAGAUCCCUGUGGCCAUCAAGACCCUGAAAGGUGGCUAUGUGGAGCGGCAGAGACGCGACUUCCUGCGGGAGGCCAGCAUCAUGGGCCAGUUUGACCAUCCCAAUAUCAUUAGGCUGGAGGGCGUGGUCACCAAAAGUAGGCCUGUCAUGAUUGUGGUGGAAUACAUGGAAAAUGGAUCACUGGACUCUUUCCUGAGGAAGCACGACGGGCACUUCACGGUGAUCCAGCUGGUGGGCAUGCUGCGUGGCAUCGCCUCGGGCAUGAAGUACCUGUCAGACAUGGGCUACGUGCAUCGAGACCUGGCCGCCCGCAACAUCCUGGUCAACAGCAACCUGGUGUGCAAGGUGUCCGACUUCGGGCUGUCGAGGGUCCUGGAGGACGACCCCGAGGCUGCCUACACCACCACUGGUGGAAAAAUCCCCAUCCGAUGGACGUCCCCUGAGGCCAUUGCCUACAGGAAGUUCUCGUCAGCCAGCGAUGCAUGGAGCUACGGCAUAGUCAUGUGGGAAGUGAUGUCCUACGGGGAGCGGCCGUACUGGGAGAUGUCCAAUCAGGAUGUGAUCCUGUCCAUCGAGGAGGGCUACCGCCUGCCGGCACCCAUGGGCUGUCCUGUGGCGCUGCAUCAACUCAUGCUGCACUGCUGGCAGAAGGAGCGCAACAAUCGACCCAAGUUUGCUGACAUCGUGAGCUUCCUGGACAAGCUGAUCCGCAACCCAAGCAGCCUGCUGACGCUGGUCGAGGACAUCCAGGGUUUCCCAGAAUCCCCCGGUGAUGUCUCAGACUACCCCAUGUUUAUCUCUGUGGGUGACUGGCUGGACUCCAUCAAAAUGAGCCAAUACAAGAACAACUUCUUGGCUGCAGGCUUCACCACGUUGGACUCUAUCUCAAGAAUGACUAUUGAAGAUGUCAGGCAAGUUGGCGUGACACUAAUCGGUCACCAGAGGCGAAUAGUGAGCAGUAUACAAACUCUUCGACUGCAGCUGCUCCAAGUCCACGAGGAAGGAUUCCAUGUAUGAGGCUUUUCUUCAGCCAGACCAAGACUGUGUCUCAGCCACAUCCCCGCAAGCAAGAUUCCUCUCUGUCUCCUUCACUCUACAAACUGGCAUCCUUUGACUCCCAGUAACUGAACUUGACAGUCCAGAU